UUCCAUCAAACAUCAUUUAUAUGACCAAAGUGGUUCAUUUCAUUUCAUAUGACAUCCACUUUGCAAAAAAAAUUUGGUUCUUGAUCAAAUUUAAUUUACACCAAAGGAACAUUAUUUUGAUCAUUAACCUAAAUCAAUUCAUACUUUGAGGCUCGCCCAAUGAACCCAACAAUUUUUUUUUCUAAUCCAAAUUAAAAAUAGUUUUAAGUUGUAAAAUUUAUUCAAUGAGUUGUUCUUGUUCCCUAAAGUUAUGAUACACUAUGGGAAGUGCUUGAAAUAAUCACACAUCAAACUUUGUUUAAGUUUACCUUUUUUAGCUUUAUAUUUGUUUAAGUUUACCUUUUUUAGCUUUAUACAUUGAUCUAAUACAUGAUCUUAAUUAUAAGCUAAGCACAACUUUUACUAGGUUGUAAUACAAAUUUAUAUCCAAAUUUAAAUUCCCAUAAAGCCAUUGGUCCACCUCCUCUCUUGAUUCAAUUAUAGUAGCAGCUGUGGAUUGUCCAUUCAGAAACUAAGAAACCCUUAUCCAAUUCCACGCUAAGCUAUUUGGUUUCUUGAACGAAAUGGAAUUCGACGAUCGAUUCAUGCAGGCUCAGAGGACAAAGUACGAAUGCCUUUUGUUCGAUCUUGAUGAUACACUGUAUCCCUAUAGUAGUGGGAUUGCCACAGCAUGCAGAAUCAAUAUAGAAGAUUAUAUGGUUGAAAAGCUUGGCAUUGACAGGAGCAUAAUCCCUGAGUUGGGUAACCUUCUGUACAAGAAUUAUGGAACAACAAUGGCUGGUCUCAGGGCAAUUGGCAAUGACUUUGACUACGAUGAAUAUCACAGUUUUGUCCAUGGAAGAUUACCUUAUGACAACAUAAAACCCGACCCGGUUUUGAGGAGCCUCUUGCUGAACCUGCCUUACAGGAAAAUUAUUUUCACAAAUGCGGACAAGAUCCAUGCUGCUAAGGCACUAAGCAGGCUUGGAUUGGAAGACAUUUUUGAAGGGAUUAUCUGCUUUGAGACCCUCAAUCCGAUUCACAAAAACACUGUCUCUGACGACGAAGAUGACAUCGAAUUCGUGGGAUUAAGCAGCACUACCUCCAUUACUAGCAGCCCUCAAAUUUUUGACAUCAUUGGCCAUUUUGCUACACCAAACCCCACUUCCAAACUACCCAAAACUCCAAUCGUCUGCAAACCAUCUGAAGACGCCAUCGAACGGGCUCUCAAGAUAGCCAACAUCAACCCUCAAAGAACAUUGUUCUUUGAAGAUAGUGUCCGCAACAUACAAGCUGGCAAAAGAGUGGGACUUCAAACUGUACUGGUUGGCACAUGUCAGAGAGUAAAAGGUGCAGAUUUUGCUUUGGAAAGCAUUCACAACCUCAGAGAAGCAAUACCAGAGCUUUGGGAGGCUGAUAGGAAAUCUGAAGUUGGUUACUCUGGGAAGGUUGCUGUAGAGACAUCAGUCACAGCUUAGAUUUGUGCCCAAGAUGACUAAUUAAGUUUUUAUGAGGAAAGAAAUCAUGUUUCUGGGAUUUUACCAUCCCAUUUCCCUCAUCGUAAAAAAUCUCAUUUUCCUUGUCUCAUUGUAAUCCCAGGUUAAUUAUAAUAAAAAUAUAACUUUAUGUUUA